CCCUAAGUAUGAAUUAAUAUUUUAUUUCUGCAGUACCAGGGGUUGAACUCAGGGUCUUGUGUAUGCUGAGCAAGCAAGCGCUCUACCAAUGACCUACAACCUGAAAAUACGAACUGUCUCAAAACUGUACAGAUUACAACUGUAAAUAUGAAUACUUACUUUGGGGGCUUAUUUUUUGGUUGUAGGUUGGUCUUGAACUAAGUAGUCUUCUCUGGUCUCACAUUUACUGUGAUCUUUUUGCCUCAGCUUCCUAAGUAUUGGAAUUAGAGGCAGAUGCCACUAUUCCGUGUUUCGGUUUUUAAACAACUUUCUCUCUACAGGAUCUAAAAGUUUAGAGGCUAGGCUAGUAGUGGCUAAUCUAUGCACAAAUGCUGCGCAAAGCUGUUAUUGAAAGUUUUGAAAGGCUAAACAUCAGUGGACUAAGCUAAACGUUUCUUUAAAAGGGCCAAAUCUAUAGAGAAUGCAGACGCAUAGAAUUCAUUGUAUGACAAGUUCAUUUGUUUUCCUUUGGUACCAGGGAUUGGAACUCAUGCCCUUGCACUUGCCAGGCAGGCGAUUGUGCCAAACCCCUGGCCCCUCACUUCCUCUACAGUUGGGCAAAGAAAUUUCCAUUUAAAAUUGAAUUCGUUUCCGCUUUAAAUCAGUAGACGAUAGCAAUUGUUUUUUGAGACAGGGUUUCACUGUACAAUUCAGACUGGUCUUGAACUCACUUUGUAGCCCAGGCUAUCCUCAACUCACGGAAAUCUUCCUGUCUCAGCCUCCCGCUGGGAUCACAGGUGAGCGCCCACCGCUGCUUUUUUUUUUUUUUUUUAACUCAAUACAUAGUAGAUCGAUAGGUUGUUUCAGAUAAAAUCUUUUCUAUAGCAUACAUAUGGUGUUUAUAUAAUUUUAAAAGGAAGGUGCAAAUCUGGGUGUUUGCGUUUGACGCCUGGGUACUGAACUGUUACCGGCUGGUUCCUUUAGAAACAGCUCCACAAUGGAAAGUGUUCCACAUUCUUCGAGCACCAACAAAGAGCUGGAUAAGACAAAUGCAGCGUUCACCUUUACCAGGGAAGCCCCAUGGGGCAUGCGCAGGGGCGUCGAAGGGGCAGGGCUCCGCCCCUCCCUGCCACGGGAGCGGGUCUACGCGUCCUCUGUCUGUGUGCCCCAGUCCGCACCGGAUCGAGCGGUAGUCGCUGUGCCCGGCCAGCGCUCCGAGCGAAGCCACCACCAGGCCUAGCCUUUCUCGUUUCUUGAGCCAGCUGAACGACUCUCCUGCCUCAGCUUCCCAGGCGUGCUUUACCGCACUGGCCCAUCCUGUAGGCCCCUGCUCCAUUUACAAUGAAGUACACAAAUUCAAGGACUCCGAGCUGCGGGACAGGCUGCAGCUGGCCGAACGCACAGCAGGCGGCGGCUCGUACCCGCCAGCCGGGAGGCCUUCUUUGCCCAGCUGCAGGGCACUUCCGGCGAGGCCCCGAGCCGCGUGCGGAAGGCGGGACUUCGCUGCCUCUGUCGUCAUCGCCAGCGCGCCGCGGGCGUCUGGGACUCUUCCGGGCACUGGCGCGCGCGCGCUCUACAAAAGAGGCUCCGGGCGCACGGGCGCGCUAGCUGGCGCGGGAGCUUCGUGGACAUGCUGCUCGCCUUGCGCGGUCUGUGGUGGCGGCCGCUGCCCGGCCUUCAGCCCCGGGCCCGGGUUCCCGCGCUUCCGUUGUGGGCUGCGGCCGCAGGCCCCGUGGUGGACCCAGGAGGCUGGUACGAGGCGUUAGCCUCAUCGGCGCCCGUGCAUGCGGCGGAGGAGGCGCUGCUGGGCAUGCACGCCGCUGGCCUGCCCUGGUGGGGCAGCAUUGCCCUCGCCGCCGCCGGCCUGCGCGGCCUGCUCACGCUGCCCCUGGCCGCCCAGCAGCGCCGCAUCCUAGCCAAGGUGGAAAAUUUGCAACCAGAGAUAAAAAACAUUGCCAAGCGUCUUAAUCAAGAAGUUGCAGUUUGUGCUCAUCAGUUGGGCUGGUCCAAAAGAAUUGCCAGGCUUAUUUAUCUAAAGAAUAUGAGGAGAUUUGUUUCAGAGCUGUAUGUUCGGGAUAACUGUCACCCUUUCAAAGCCACUGUGUUAGUCUGGAUUCAACUUCCAAUGUGGAUCUUCAUGUCUGUUGCCCUCCGGAAUUUGAGUACAGGGGUAGCACAUUCAGAAGGUUUUUCUGUUCAGGAGCAAUUAGCUGUGGGUGGAGUUCUGUGGUUUCCUGAUCUCACCACGUCAGACUCUACUUGGAUUCUGCCCAUCUCUGUGGGUGUCGUCAACUUACUGAUAGUGGAGCUUUUUGCUCUACAAAGACUUGGGAUGACCCGUUUCCAGGUGUGCGUCACGUACUUUGUGCGCGCCAUGUCGGUGCUGAUGGUUCCUGUGGCUGCAACUGUACCUUCAUCAAUCGCCUUCUACUGGCUGUGCUCCAGCCUCAUGGGCCUUGCACAGAACCUGCUGCUGUGUUCUCCACGGUUUCGCCGACUUUGCCGAAUACCACCGACCAGGUCACAUUCAGACACUCCUUAUAAAGACCUCUUUGCUGCCUUUUGUGCCAAGUUUAAAUCAAGAAAAUGAUGUGUUUUCCAGUAAUUUUGAAACAGUUGCUGGUGUCACUAUCACCUUGAUGUAUGUAGAUUUAUAAAUCGUUUAAUUUGCUUUUAUUUUAAAAUGAUAAACUGUGAAGACUGUGGGUUAAAAUAUAAGCCUAGGGCCAGGGAUAUAGCUCAGCUGCACAAGUGCCUGCCUGGCAAAUGCAAGGUCGUGAGUUCGAUUCCUGGUACCAAAAAAAAAAAAAAAAAAAAAAAAAAUGCAAGCCUGAUCUAUUUGACAGUAAUGAACAUCUUUUAAGUGUUAGAAAUGCAAUAUGUCUAAUAAAAAAGUAUAAAAAUGGAACCAUGUGUUGUCUGUUUAGAAAAUUAUAACUUCUUCAAGUUUUCAGAACUCUGAAGAAUGAGAUCAGAAACUAAUGUCAAAUUGUACUAAAACGUCUCAUUAAAGUUUGAUAAAGAAAGAGGAUCCAUCAAGUGACUUUUAAUAUUCAGAUGGGGUAGGGAAGGACGUUCUUGUGAGAGUAUCAGAUAAACAGUUGGGUGUGAUUUCUCUUCAGAAAACUUGUGGACUUACAUGCUCAGGUCCUUUAUUGACUUCUCUGAAGGUCCUCUGGUGACAGAGGCAGGGAAACCUUGUGGAACCCACAUGAGGUUGACCCACGUGUGGAUGGGGAAAAAGCCCAGGCUAUGCAGUAGAGUGGUAUAUGCACAGCUCCCUCAUGUAAGCAUCAUCUCCAGCACAGCUGUGAAGACUAGAAGAACUAUCUAUUUCUGUUUCUGAGUUUUAACAACUGAGUGCAGAGUGUAGUGAUACAUACUACUAGAGCCUGAAGUAGAUUUUUAAGCAUUGUUUAUUUAAAGCAAGAAAAUGAACAUUAGCUACCUGUUGUGGAGGUCACUGUAACAUGUUCAGGACAGGGUUGUAAUUUGUAUAGCAUGUCUUGCUGCCUGGCAGCUCUCAUUUGAAUUAAGUGGUUUCUGCUAGCUUGAACCGUGGGGGUAUGUGAUGACCUCUCCCCUGGGUAGGUCAUACCACAUCUCAAGGGCUCUUUGAUUAUAGAAAGGCAUUAAUUUAGCAGACCAGAUGUCAUCUUAUUAAUUUCUCAAGGAAAUCAUUACAACAGUGUAAAACACUUAUAAUUCAGCCAAUUCGUGGUAUAGCAAUUGUAAGUGCAUGUUAUACACACCAGUGGGGUACUCCAUGUUAAAAUUGGGUGACUGAGUUAUUUACAAACAUAUGAUUACUGAUGAACAUGUGAAUACAAAUUUCUUUUAAUGAAAUGAAUUUGUUAAUUGUAGUUUUUUUUUUUUUUUUUUUUUUUUUUUUUUUGUUAAUUGUAGUUUUUAAGUUGUUAUGAAUAGUAUCUAUAUGUGGGCAGUAAUUACUCAAAUUCAAGCUGCUAGCUAGCUAGAUUUUGGUCCAUUUAUGGACUUUACUAAUUUUAAUAGUAAAAAGACUAAAUUUAGCUUUAGUCAUUCUUCACUGACUGAGGUGUUAAGACUCAUUUGGACCACCAGUGAUACAAGCUGCCUGAUGAGACUGACAUGUGUGUACCAACAGUAGGCCAAGCCCACUGAGAACUGUUAGUUUUUUGGAAGAAUUAAGUACUCCAGUAGGUACAUGGUAAAGACUUAAUAUAGGAAAAAUUGACAGGUAGUAUAAAUUGUUACUUGCUUACUUAAUUUGAAAAUAAUAAAAUUCUUCCUAAAAUAUUGAGGAACAAAUUUGACAGACAUUUGAGGAAAUUGCUAAUUUUCAUUGAAUUAGAAUAUGGACAAGUCUGAGGCAUGCUGUCAUCCCAUCUCAGUGUUACACAAUAAAGUAAAAAUUGGGGUACACUUUUUCAUUUCUUUGGUAUCUGUGGACUCUUAGUUGAUCUGGAUUAACUAAUCGUCAACUUGUGACACCCAUCUGAACUCAGUGUGGUGCUGGGUGUGAAAGGCCCACCUCAGAAUUGUUGCCAACAGCAACAGCUGGAUCAGGGGUUUGUAUUUUUUUGGAGGGGGUGGUUUCUGUUCCCCCAAAAACAAAAAAUGGAAAGGAAGAUGCUAUGCUAUGCUAUUGAUCAUUCUCCAGAAUCUUAUCAUGCUGGGUUUUUCCAUAUGAUCUCAGCUAUUAUCUUCAAAAGAUCUUGGGGGCCUCACUGUCAGUGAGAAUGGCUGUGGUUUUCUGGGGGGAGCUCUGGUCCUCACCUUGAUCAUCACUGGCUCCAGUGUAGAACCUCAGCCUGCUUGCACAGAUCCUUCAUCCUGCUAGAGCAGACUUGUAGCUUCCACUGCUCACUUUGGGCCCUUCCUAACACAGAUCCUUGAUACAGACUUGCAUGAGUCAUUGUCACGGGCUCUGGGCCUUCUGUAGUACUUGUACAGGACAUUGCAUGUGGAAUCCAAGCCUUCAACUGGAUUCUUUGGGUCUCUAGUGCAUGGACAGAUCUCUCGCACUUGUGUAUUUGAAUUUUGGGGUGAGUAUUGUAAAAUAAUCCCAUAAAUUAUGUGUCCUAUAUUAAGUCUGUUGUCUAGCAGACCUUGACUACAACAGUCAGCCUAGUUAUGAUCUGUGUUCUAUGAUACUAGAUAUUGAACCCCGGGCGUUACUUUUGGGCAUUUAUAUCUCUAGCCCCCUUGCUUUUUUUUUUUUUUUUUAAAGGCAGUGUCUCCUUAGUCUUGAGGUUGCUCAGAUUGUGACCGAGUUUGUAAUGCUCCUACCUCAACUUCAUGAGAGUACUGAGAUUAUGGACAUGUACCACUGCACUCAUCCAUGCACAACAUUUUUAAUAAAAAGAAUAAACAUUCAAUGGUAAGAGUUUGGGUUGCCGUAUUUCUGUAGUUUGCUGAGAAUUUAGAGGGGAAAUGCAGCAGGUGAGACUGGGUUCUUUUGCUGAUUUCUCAGUCCUGGUUUGAGUACCUCAUUGAGGCAUCUGCUUCUAAUCAUAAUGAAGGAACUGAAAUUUCGGUUUAGUCAGUCUUCAUUAUGUAUGGUUUCUUAUUUGCAAACAUGCCUAUUUGCUGAAAUUUAUGUCCCUGAUACCAGUAGUUCACAGUGCUUUCAGGGUUGUUCAUGGUAAAAAAUGUGACUCACAUGAAUCAUGACCUUGGUAGGUUUAAAUAAUGUUUUUCAAACUGACCAUUAAAUGUGUGUUCUUUUCACAAUUGGUUUAGUACCAUGAUUUUCUCAUUUCUUUGCUUUUUGCCAGUGAUUUUGCUAUUUAAGGUGAUCUCCACAAACUUCCAGAGUAUCUUAAUGUUUCUGAGCAUAAGAAGACAGAAGUGGGUAAAGAUGAAGUAAGGAUGCUGUUAGAGUUUAGUAUUAAUGAACCAGUAACACUGAUCCAUUGAGAAAAAUAUGACAGUUUGCCUCAGAGCAGUGAUACUGUUGAUCUUUGCAGGCGUUUGUACCAUGUAACUAUAGCAAAAGAAGGACCCCUCCUUCCCAGCCACUAUACUUCAUUUCUUAGUUGCCCAGGUAAUAGUUCCAGUUCCAGUUCCUGUUACUUUUGUUUCUUAGAAACGUGGUCACUGUGAUGCAUAGCUGGUCGUGGUGAUGCACACUGUAUAAACCAACCCCAGCUGACAAGCCAUUCUGCCUCUGUACUUCCUGCUUGCUUAUCCCAUGUAAACUUAUCCCUAGGCCAACAGAGAUUAGGGCCUGAUAUUCUGGGAAUGAUCCUGAUCAGUACCUGCUGACAUAAAUAAAUCUGCCUCCAAUCCUG